AUGCUAGAAGGAAAGGAUAUGGAGGGCGAGCUGCCACCAAUCGUCAAUAAGCGAGUGGAGAACGAUGGAAUCGUUGAACGUGAUGCGUAUGAAGCGCUGUGUCGUGGUGAAGCUCCACCUACACCACCGGAGGAGGAGAAGAAGCUAUACUGCUACUACAAGAUGGAUAGGCCAUACCUCCGGCUUGCUCCAAUUAAAGUGGAGAUUCUCCGGCUCGAACCUCUCGCGGUGCUUUUCAAAGAGGUUAUGUCCGAGUACGAAGCCGAAGUAAUCAAGGCAACGGCCACGCCGAAGCUCAAACGUGCUACUGUCCAGAAUGCCGUGACGGGUGAACUAGAGACGGCCAGCUACCGUAUUAGUAAGAGUGCAUGGCUGAAGGAGGAAGAGCAUGAAGUGAUUGCCCGGAUAAACAGAAGAAUCGGCGACAUGACUAAUCUCAAUCAGGCCACUUCGGAAGAUUUGCAGAUAGCCAAUUAUGGCAUUGGUGGUCAUUAUGCUCCACAUUUUGAUAUGUCGACGAGAGGCGAAAAGGAACCUUAUCGAGAGAAUGGCAAUCGCAUCGCUACCGUGUUGUUCUAUGUAUCGAGAUAA